AUGAGGAUGUGCUCUAGAACGACAAUCUAUCGAAUAGUAUUUAUCGCAUUGGUAAUAUUCAUAAGUAUUGUCAUUGGAUUUCAGUAUGGAAUUUAUUUAUCGGUGCGAACAACAACGAAUAAAAGUUUACUCUCUGUGUUGUUGCAAAGUCAACCAAAAUCGCCAGGGAAAAGUUCAGUACUUCCUCAACCACAGAUGCCGAAAAAUAAUGCCAAACCCAGGAAAAUAUGCGAAAAAUAUGAAGUAUCCGAUACUCGACCAUUUUUCGAUCAAGAACCUCCUCAGACCAACCUGCCUCGGCGUAUGUCCGCUAUAGAACGUACUCUCAUUCUUCCUCAACUUCGUCUACUUCGACUAGCCAUCGUUGCAUGUGCAUACAAUGUAGAACAAUAUGUCGAUAAUCUUCGUAAACAUAUCGAACCCAUACUGGAUCUAUUUCAUUCUUCUUCGCGUAUAUUUAUCCUUGAAAGCGACUCGACCGAUAACACAUGGGAAAAACUUAGGCAGUGGUCUCGUGCUCACGUCGAAACUUAUGGAAUUCUAGCGAAUACUGUUCCAAAACGUACCGAACGUAUCGCUUAUUGUCGAAAUAAAUUACUAGAUAAAGCACGUGACAUUCACCCUGAUUAUAUGCUUGUUGUCGAUGCCGAUAUAUUUUCUGUAAAUAUAAGUUCAUUUCUAACAAAUUUUCAAUAUGAAACUCAGGAUUGGUCCGUGAUGACUGCGAAUCUAAUUGAAAAAUACUAUGAUAUAUGGGCAUUGCGAACUUUGUCAGAAACUAUAGUCAAUUAUGAUGUCUGGCAUCUAUCCUGGGCUAUGCAACAGAUUAGUGGUUAUUGUGCAAAUUCAGUGUCUAGAAAUGUGAUUGACAUACACAAGCAGCCAUUACGCGCUAAUCGAAAUCUUCUCGAAGUGCGGUCCGCGUUUGGUGGUGCUGCAAUCUACAAAAUGAAUGCAACAAAAGAUUGCUUUUACAGUGGUAAACCUUACACAUGCGAACAUGUACUGUUUCAUUUAUGCAUGCGAGAUAAAAAUCAAGCGCGGAUAUUUAUCAAUCCACAAUUCAGGAAUGAUAAUCUAAGAUGA